GAGUCCCUGACGUGAGCGAGGCGGACCUCGCCACCAUCGAGGCGGAACUCAUUGCCGCCGCUGGCCAUGAGACCAAGACUGGGAAGAUCAAGCAGGUGAACCAGGGAAAGUUCGGGUUCAUCGAGCAGGAUGAGGGGGGAGACGAGAUGUUUGUGAUCCCUGGAUCGUGCACCAGUUUUGGCAACGCCAUCCCACCAGUGGGCACAGAGGUGGAGUAUGAGGUCGUGGUGGACCAGAAGACGGGCCGGCCGAGGGCCGAGAACGUUCGGCCUCCGGAGGGCGCCGAGCCUGCGCAGGGUGCGCCUGGCCACGAAGUUCUGCGCCCGCGGCCUCCGGCCGGUCUGGCAGGGUCCGCUGGCGGCGCCGGCACCUUCAUCAGCGACCAGGGCAAGUUCGGGUUCAUCGAGCAGGACUCCGGCGGGGACAACAUGUUCGUGAUGCCGAAGUCGUGCGAGGGCGGGGUCUUCCCGCCGCUCGACUCCCGCGUGGUCUACCAGGUCGUGGUCGACGAGAAGACUGGGAGGCCGAGGGCCGAGAGCGUGAAGCUGGAGGGCGGCGCUGCCAGGCACUACCCCGGGGCUCAGUGGGCGGGUGGCCAUGGUGCUUAUCCGGCGGCCGCGCUGCUGAGCCACGGGCACGCAGCCUAUCCAGGAGCCAAAGCUCUCCCAGCGCUUCCGGGAGCCAAGGGCGGCUGGGGAGGGCGACUUUCUGGCACUUUCAUCAGCGACCAGGGCAACUUCGGGUUCAUCGAGCAGGACUCCGGCGGGGACAACAUGUUCGUGAUGCCGAAGUCGUUCGAAGGAGGCGUGUUCCCGCCUAUUGACACUCGGGUCAAUUACGACGUAGUGCUCGACUCGAAGACUGGAAGGCCCAGAGCAGAAGGUGUAGUCCCGGAGCAGCAAAGCCCCUGGGACCCCCACCAGACGUACACAGGGACCGUCCUUGAACGCAAAAGCACUGACAAUUUCGGUUUCAUCGAGCAGGACAGCGGCGGGGACAAUAUGUUCGUCCUGCCGAAGUCCUGCGCCGCCUUUGGAGACCUCAUCCCCCCUGCGGGGACCCGCGUGGCCUACAAGGUGGUCCAGGACUCGAAGACAGGACGUCCCCGAGCAGAAGAUGUUGAGCCAGAAAGUGGCGAAGGAAUUCUCGCCGAGGCUGCGGCACCAGCGGGCGGCGAGACGGGACUGCCGCGCGGCUGGGACGCCGGCACCAUCACGGACGUUACCAACGCGGACAAGUUUGGCUUCAUCGCGCCGGACGCGGGCGGCAACAACAUGUUCGUGAUGCCGCGGUCGUGCACGGGAUUCGACGGUGCCAUCCCUCCGGUCGGCACGCGGGUGAUCUACAGGGUGGUGGUCGACACCAAGACUGGCAGGCCGCGGGCCGAGGACCUGCAGCCGGAGGGCGCCGACGUGCAGCCAGUGGCCCCGGAGCCGUGCAAGGGGGGCAAGGGCGGCAAGGGGGGCAAGGGCAAGGGCCUGCCUGGCUCGGGGCCCUUCGGCCAUCCUCGAGGAAGGAAACACGCGUCAGGCCCGCCAGCUCUGAUGGCCGGGUUGAGCUGGGCAGGCUGCGGCGGGUACGGGCCGGCUGGCGGCCCCAGCGGCGGCAAAGGCAAGAAGGGCCGCGCUCACCCGUAUUGGUAG